AUGAGUUUUGUAUGGCACACUAAUAGUCUCGGAGAAGUUGUAUCGCAACAAGGCAAUCCAGUCACGUUGGGGCAUGGUGAGACGUUAUCGGCAGGUAUGAUAGUACUGGUCAGCAGGACUAAUCAGGCUGGAAGGACGACAUUAUCAAGUAUUAUCUUGGCCAUGAUGAUUAUGGUGUCGUCUGUAUUUGCUGGACCAAUCGAACUCGUCAUCCCAACAGACCGACCUGAUCCCUCGGAUGCUGUGACACCCAUCAUUACCACAAUGUCUGAGACAACGUGUGAGCCCAACUCCAUUGAUACUCAAAAUGAUAAUGGAGCUCUUGUUCUCUAUUCCGACCGUCCCACCGAAACUGCCCCAGUAUCUACUAAUGAUAUUGAUAUGCUAUCUGAAUCAGACAGUGACGAGACUGAACUCUUUGACACUCGUCGGCGUCCUAAACGACGUGCUGCGCGCGCUGCAGAACAAAUGUUUAAGGAAUUCGCGUCUGAUUAUCAUUCCGACAACUACAAUCGCCGCAAAACUACCCACUCCAAGUUAUCCCGAGUACGUUUCUUACGCUCUCUCGAACGGAUUUCGCAAUCUGGGGGGAUAGUCAUGAAUCACACCGAUGAUACCGAUGAUGAGAAUCAUGAAACGGAAGUAGAUUUAAAACCCGAAGAGCACAUCAAAAUAAGGCGAGUAGUGGACAAAUCAAUGAAGGAAGAGGAUAUUAAUUGGCCAGUAACGUUGUCAAUGUCAGCAGACUACGACUUAAAUGCACCGCGCAACUACAAGGAAGCGAUGAAAUUGAUGUCCAAAGAAAAAUGGAUAGCAGCAUGUGAUGCUGAAAUGCGAGCACAUGAAGUCAACAAAACUUGGACCCUUGUACCAAGACCAAAGGAUAGAAAGCCUUUAGGGUGUAUGUGGAUAUUUAAAACAAAAGAUAAUGGUCAAGCCAAAGCACGUGUGGUCGUAUUUGGAAACCAUCAGAAAGAAGGUAUUGAUUAUACAGAGACGUUCUCCCCAACCAUCAGAUUCACAAGUCUUAGACUAGCACUUGCAAUUGCAGCUAAGCAGAAUCUAGUAGUCAAACAGAUGGAUGUUACUACUGCGUUCCUUAAUGGAACAUUAAAUGAGGAAAUCUAUAUGCUUCAACCCGAAGGGUACAAAGUACCAAAGAAAGAGAAGUAUGUCCUAAAAUUGAACAAAUCUUUAUACGGACUCAAACAAGCUCCAAUGGUCUGGAAUCAGACUAUUGCAGAUGUUAUACAAAAAUCUGGCUUUUCUCAUAGCACAGCGGAUCCCUGUAUCUUUACUAUAUAA